AUGGUAGUGUCAAUCAAAACUUUACUUUUCUUAGCUGCGUUUUUCAUCUUCAUAUAUUAUGGAAUCGAAUUUCUUACAAGAUUUGUUGAAAGAAAAUUUAAAAUUCAUAUUGGAUUGAUAGGUUUCUUAUCAAUUUCCAACAUAUCUUAUGAUGGGAAGAUUUUUGAUCCACACCAAACUCAACAUUCUUUUAAAAUUUCCGUAAAUAAAAUUCGUUUAGAAAUUAGACCACCAGAUGUGAAUCGUAAAAUAUGGCUUACGAUCACGAUUGAAGGUGUCUAUUUUAAUUUUUCUUCAAUAAAAAUAUUCUUACAAUCCAUAGAACAAAAGGAGUUAAAGCCCAGUUUAAUUGCUAUGGUACCUCAAGAAGCUUGGUGGUUAUCCGUCUUGGUUGGUAAAUAUGUUAAGGAAUCGAUUACAUUGCAAUAUUUCCUGUUGAGAGUUGCAAAUUACGUUGAUAUAAAUGUUACUAGUGUCGAUGUUUUAAUUGAAGAUUUGGGACAAUUUCAAAUUGAAGGAUGUACUUUGGGAAUGAAUUUUAAAAGAUCCCACCUUCAACAUGGUAGUGAUGGUAGUAAUAAUUUACAAGAACAAUAUCUAAUUAUUUCUCUCUCAUUUUCAUCAUUAUCAAUUCGAAAUAUCGAAACUAUCAAGAACCCUUCGAAUUCACCUCCCGAUAUUUUUUCAAUUCAUAUGACCGAAAUUGUUUUAUCUUGUUCCCUUUCUCCCGCCUGUACAUCGCUUAUAUCUAUUGACAUUGACGUUAAAUUAAAAAAAAUCAUUAUUGGUGUGGAUUCCAUACUUGGUUUAAUCAAGGUUAUUCAAUCAAAGAUUUCACCAACUGACAAAGUCCUGAGUACACUUGAUUUACCACAAUCAUCAGUAGAUUUCAUGAUGGAUAAUUUAUUGAAUUCUUCAUUAGACAAAAUAUUAAGUGCGAAUUUAAUGGUGGAUCUAAUUGACAUUAAAUAUGAAUUUUCAGGAUUGGAAGAUCCUUUAACCGUUAGAUCAUCAUUUGAAGGACUUUUUGUUUCACUGAAACAAAAUAAUAUCCAUUCACUUGAAAAUCAACGGAGAUCAACCCUUUUCACUGAAGAAAUUCCCAUCCCCUUAAAAUCGAUAGAAUUUUCCGUUGAUCAUAUUCAUGGGGAUCUUGUAGAUCAUCAACAUAAUAUUUCUCGAAUUCAAGUGAAUAAAGUUGAAAGUAAUAUAUUGAUUAUGUUAAUAUUUAAACCGGUCGUCUCAACUUCGGAUGAUGAUUCAAUUUCAUUAUCAUUAAAUGGGACUUUCAACAUUUUAUCUCCCGAAAUAUCCGUGAAUUGUAAACAACUUGAUACUAUUAUAAGCAUCAUAGUUGGUCUUGGAGGAAAAAGUUCAUCACCCAAAAUUACGGAAUCAAGUCAGCAGAUGAAGAAUAAUUAUAAUACACCAAACACACCAAAAUUAGUCGUCAGUUUUUCCAUCGUUGAUCCACUCGUUAAGUUUACGAGAAUUCCAUAUUCAAAUAAACCUGAUGAUUUUUCACAAAUCUCUUUUGGAUUUCAGGAGUUAUUAUUUGAUAUCAGUGGUGAUUAUACAGCAUUUCAAUCCCAACGUGUCUUAAUAACAAGAAGAUAUAAAAUUUACCUUGACGAGAUCAAAAACAAGUUCAAAUUGCCAAAUGUUUUAAGUAUAUUUAAGAAGAAAGAAAAAAAACAAGUGAUAUUAGAAAAUGAGUCCGCAUCGGUUUAUAAUUUAGUCGUAAACGUUAAUGCUCCAUUUUCCGUUUUGGGUCUUGUGAUUUCAAUUAAUGAUAAGGAUGAUUCUAAAGUUUUCACUAUAUCUUUAAUAUCAGAAAAAUUUCAAGUGGACAUUAGUUGGACGAUUGAUCGACCUCUUAUCUGUCAAAUUCUGGGGCAUUACAAACGAAUUCGUUUACAACUGUCAAAAAUUUCUAAACAAUUUGCCCUUCGCGAAGCAAUUUUGCGUUCGGUAGAUCAAUUUAUUGAAUUCAUAAAGUGUCUUCUAAUCAAUGGCUUAUAA